GUAAGUGUACCGUGUCAAUGUGAAUGCGGUAGAACAGAAAAAUAUUGGGUUUAAACUACAUUUGUAUUGGUCGCAACAACCAAUUAUAAUUUAUUUCCCCCGUCUUGUUCACUUCAUCCGAAUCAACUUCACGUAAGAAAAAAUGGUUCAUCUCAGGAUAAUUGCAAAUCACCUCAUCUCUCAACCCCAGGCUUCCUUUGCACCCUUAACUGCCAUAGCGAGAAGCAUAACAACAGAUACCUCGGACUUGAAAGGACUUGUUGCAAAGAAUAUUAUUGAGCAUCAGAAGAAAGUCAAAAAUUUUCGUGAAAAGUAUGGAAACAGAGUCAUUGAAGAAUUAACAAUAAAUCAGAUCUAUGGCGGCUUGAGAGGUGCAAACGUCCUAGUGACAGAAACAUCUCACCUUGACCCGGAAGAAGGGAUUAAGUUCCGGAACCUCACCCUCACCGACUGCAGGAAGAAGCUACCCAAAGCACCAGGCGGGGAAGAGCCGCUUCCCGAAGGUCUCUUCUGGUUGCUGGUGACUGGUGAAGUUCCGACAGCUCAACAGGUCAAAACCUUGUCGAAACAGUGGGCCGAAAUGGCAUGUCUUCCUCCACAUGUGGUGAAUAUGCUAAAUAAUUUCCCAUCCAGAAUGCAUCCCAUGACCCAAUUCAGCGCUGCCAUCACGGCUUGCAGCACCGAAAGCAAAUUUGCAAAAGCAUACAGGGACGGAGUCCCAAAAGCCAAUUACUGGGAAUUUACUUUUGACGAUGCUAUGAACGUGAUAGCUAAACUGCCACCAAUUGCUGCCACAAUUUACAGAAACUUAUACCGCGGUAGAAGCAGUAUCGGGGCUAUCGACUCAAGUAAGGAUUGGGCUCAUAACUUCACUUCAAUGCUUGGCUACAAAGACUCACAGUUGGCAGAAUUAAUGCGAUUGCACAUGACUCUACACAGUGAUCACGGAGGCGCGAAUGUCUGUGCUCACACGGUUCAUUUAGUGGGGAGUACUCUCUCGGAUCCUUACCUCUCCUUGGCGGCUGGGCUUAACGGAAUGGCUGGGCCCCUCCACGGGUCAGCAAUUCAAGAAGUUGCGUUAUGGCUUGGUAAACUUCAAAAAGAACUAGGAAAUGAGGCUACAGAUGAACAACUGGAGGAGUUUAUAUGGAAGACACUAAAAUCGGCACAGGUUAUACCAGGCUACGGUCACGCCGUCUUAAGAAAAACGGAUCCUCGUUAUGAAGAGCAGAGAAAAUACGCCUUGAAACAUUUUCCCGACGAUCCUCUCGUCAAACUUACUUCCAGGCUUUACAAACUGGUUCCGCCCAUUCUUAUGAAACUCGGAAAAGUCAAAAACCCUUAUCCCAAUACUGAUGCAUUUAGUGAUGUUCUCUUACAGCACUACGGCUUGACCGAGGCUCUGUUCUACACCCUAAUCUUGAGCAUGGGUCGUUCCCUGGGCGUGAUGGCUUCCCUGGUCUGGGACCGUGGGUUAGAACUUCCUUUGGAGCGGCCGAAGUCCUUAACCACCGAUGGCCUAAUGAAACUUGUCGGAGCCAUCUAAAGACUUCAAGCACGUCACAGCUGGAACGCAAUCAUAAUAUUUUUCUGAGAGAGUGUCCAUAAAAAAUACCUGUUCGUGUAUAUAGGGGAAUCUGGGUCAAAGUGAAAUGGUGAAACAUUUUAACUGUUUUCAGCACCACCUAUCUGGUGAUAUUUUAACUAUCUGAUAACAUAUGUAGGCUACUCCAGUCAGGAAAACGAAAAUCAAAGCAUAUGAUGAUACAAGAAAUUUUGAAAAAUUGAUACUCAUGUUACAUUUUUUUUUUUUGCUGUAAGUCAAAAAUUAUUUUUGUUUUUAUAAAAGUAGGAAGUUUUAAACAUUAACAUUUUAAAUAUUAACUAAGACAUACUAAUAUUUA